AGUGAACCGGGUGUAGUGACGUUGAGAAAGCAGAGUCGGGAAGUCCGCUCACGACUGAAUGCUCGAUUAGAUAUUUCUGUUUACGUAGACUAUUAGGCAUGACUCGUAAAUACUUUAUCGUCGAUAAAAUAAAAGGAUUUACAGAUCUGGACAAUCCCUGGUGGUGUAUUGAUUAGGACCUGGACAUGCUGUGAAAUCACCACGACUUCAUCAUUGCUAAAGUGUGACUCUGCUUUUGUUUGUGAAAUAUGAUUGGUUAUCAAAAUGAAGACAUCAUCAUCAUACACUGGCCGUCUUUUUCUCAUUCAUCUUUACUUUACAGUGAUCUAUGCAAUCCCUGCUCCUGUCAACUUUACAAUAUGGUCUCACAACUUCAGACACAUUUUACACUGGAAUUAUGGGGUAAAUUCUCCUCCACAGAGCGUUUUCAAUUUACAAAGAUUUGAAAAGGGAAAGCAAACAGAGCAUUUGAACAUCAGAAAUACAACUAUGGAUGUCUCUGAAGCAUGUCAAGACAUCUACAUACCCUGCACUUUCCUUAUUUGGGCAUCGCUUGACAAUAUGAAUUCAUCAGUAAUUGAAAAAAAAUUCAUACCGUAUGAAGACACUAUCAUAGGUCCACCAGUUAUAUUUUUGUCUGGCUGUGGAGACUGUUUGAAUAUCAGCAUCUCUCUACCCAAUGAAUCAAGGAAAGACGAUAAACUGCGUCGGUUUUAUAAUUCUGUGUCCUACAGUAUAAGUUGGAAGAAACAUGGAAACAAUGAGGUCAGAGAGAUCUUAAGAUCUCAAGAACCAAGUAAACAGUAUGUCCUGGAGAAUCUUCAGCCUGGUGUUCAGUACUGUGUUAAAGUACUUCCACAAAUCAAUUCCAACCAGAACACUCAACCUUCUUCUUGGCAAUGUGAAUACACAAGCAAAGAGGAGGCACAAAGAGUGUUAUAUUUUAUGAGCUGGUUACUAGGAGCGACGUUGUCAGGUUCAUGUGUGAUGAUGUUGGCAUGGAUUCUGGUUUACACAGGAUUUCUAUGCAAGCCCAAGAACCCUCCUCUCAAAUCACUGAGUAACAUUGUUCCAGCCACCUAUCUGAUUCCUGAACAGACGUUGUCUGAGAGUCUGUCAUUAACUGAGGUUCAGUUAAUUCAUUUGUCCUAUGAUACUACCGAAAACAACAGUCAACUGAAAAAUCCUGAAAAAAGGGAAUAUGAAGGCAGUGUCCUCAAGUCAGACACUGAGGAUGAGGAAGACAGUAAUGAUGAAGACGAAGUCAAAUGUGUCUACAUGAGUUGUGAAAUUGACGACAUUAGUUGUCAAAAUAAUAGUACAAAGAAGGAUAUAGUUUCAGCUUUGCCAUUUAAUAAAAGUUCAAUUGUCUGCUACACAAAGGAACCAGCCAUGGAAAAGAUCCAAUAUGAUGAUCUGAAGAGUGAAAAGGAAUUAUUAUCAGAGCUUUUCGAAGAGGGACAUGGACAUCUUGAAGUGACAAAUACUCAGUUAAAAACUGAGGGAAAUGAGAAGGGUUCAACAAAUACCCCAGGGAACAUCAACCUAUUUUCAGUCACUGUGAGGACUUUUGGAGCAGAAGAUGACUUGGAUAAGGAAGAUGUGUAUAAACCUCUGCUACCCAAAUUGUUUGUAAAAACAGACAAAUGGACAGAAGAGCUCUUACCUGUAUCUAACAAGAUACAGAUAUCUAUACCCAUAGAGACAGGCAUGAAAACAGAUGAUCUGAUUCAUUUGGACAGCCAAAAUGAUCUUGUUCACGUUUGCUCUUUGGCUCAUAACGUAGAAACCAACCCUGAUACAACAAUGUCUGCAUAUAUGAUGAACCAUAUAGGAAAAAUGCAUGAUCAAAAUAAGGACUUAUUAGAGGAGACAAAUUGCGACACAAGCUAUAUAACACGGUAAAUACAACAAUAUUUAUUUAAAGACUUGAAACAAGUUUAAAAUUUAGGCCAACUAGAAGUUGCCAGUGGCUUUGUUAUAAUUAAGAUCAUAAGAACUUUGUUUUUUUUGUAAUAACUUUGAUUAUUGUUAUAAAGUUUGUUUAGUGCCACAAUCACAGAAUGAUCAAAAAUAAAUGAAGAGGCAAA